AUGAAUACCAGGUUAUCCAUCCAAGACAUUCUAUCCCUUCAGUCUAAUCAUUCCUCACGAUCGAAACAAUCAAUAUUGAUCGAAGAUCUGCCAUCACCUAUCCAAGAACAGACAGAUGAUGAGGAAACUUCAACCUCCUCAUCAUCUGAAGAAACAAGUGGGACCGCCGCAAGUUGCCGGUACCUUGCUCCCGGCGAAGAACUCCCAUGCCUCUGUAAAUAUGACUCCGAAGGAAAUAUUCGGGUAAUGAAGGCACUGUGUCCUGUUCAUGGAUAUCUAGUUCGAAGAGGAUAUGACUACAGUGUUACUAAUAGUGAAGAGGAAGAACCGGAGGAUGACGAGGUACAUAAAGAAGAGCCUUACUAUGCCGAACCAUUCGUACCUAGAAAGAGUUCCAGAAAGAAGAGUAAGAAAAGCAAAACGGGUCGAAACGGUCAAGUGUCUGAACAGAACACACCUGCCCGAUCAUCACAUGAACCAUGA